GUAACGGAUUGGUCAACUUCCUCUGUAGUGCUCGUUUCCCCACGGAAGACUAUUCCAGUUGCACCGCCAGCUCAGCUUUUUUUCCCGGUACCUUUGGACGGUUCGUUUGAGACGAAGCUCAAGUGAAACGGUACGAUGGAUGAAGAGCCAGAACGAGCUAAGCGCUGGGAAGGCGGCUAUGAGAGAACAUGGGAGGUCCUCAAGGAGGAUGAGUCUGGAUCCCUUACUGCUACAGUGGAAGAAAUCCUGUAUCAGUCCAAAAAGAGAAGGGUGAUAAAGAGCCAUGAACAAGUGAGGCUUGGGAUGAUGCGCCACCUCUAUUUUGUGAUUGACUGUUCACGCAGUAUGGAUGACCAGGACCUGAAACCAAACCGCCUCACUUCUACUCUAAAGCUGAUGGAGACAUUUGUUGAUGAAUAUUUUGACCAAAAUCCCAUCAGUCAGGUGGGCAUCAUAAUAACCAAGAACAAACGAGCUGAGAAGCUGACUGAGCUGUCAGGAAAUCCUAAAAAGCACAUUGAUGCACUGAAGAAGGCUGUGGACACUCCGUGUGUCGGAGAGCCGUCCCUGUACAACGCUCUUAGCCUGGCCUUAAAUAACCUCAAGCACAUGCCUGGACACACCAGCAGAGAGAUCCUCAUAAUCCUCAGCAGCCUGACCACAUGUGACCCAGCCAACAUCUAUGAGCUAAUUACGACCCUGAAGUCUCUGAAGGUGCGAGUGUCAGUAAUCGGCUUGUCGGCUGAGGUCCGGGUGUGUACAGUACUGACCAGAGAGACGGGCGGCUCGUACCACGUUAUCCUGGAUGAGAGCCACUUCAAGGAACUACUGAUGCUACACGUGAAGCCUCCUCCUGCCAGCUCCUCAUCGGAAUGCUCUUUAAUACGUAUGGGGUUCCCGCAGCACACUGUUGCUUCUCUCUCCGACCAGGAUGCCAAACCUUCCUUCAGCAUGUCUCACCUGGACAGCAGCAGCGGGGCAGGUCUAUCUCUGGGAGGAUACUUCUGCCCACAGUGUCAUGCCAAGUACACCGAGCUUCCUGUAGAGUGCAAAGUCUGUGGGUUGACUCUGGUGUCUGCCCCCCAUCUGGCCAGAUCCUUUCAUCACCUCUUCCCCCUCCAGGCUUUUCUAGAGAGUCCCACUGAGAAGCUGCUGAAGAACAGGUUCUGUCAGGCAUGUCAGAGGGAACUGGAGGAUAAAACUAUGUUUUCCUGUCCCUCCUGUCAUCAUGUGUUUUGUCUGGACUGUGAUCUCUUCAUCCACGAUUCGCUGCACUGCUGCCCCUGCUGUAUUCAAAGUCGGGGGGCUCCAUGAAGCUGAGCUGGAUCAUAACAGACACAGGAUCUUCAUAGCAGUCCUGUUAGUCUUCAGCCUUCUAGCAUUUUCCAGGCCUGGACUUGAAGAAUAAACUUUGUUUUCUUCAUCCUUUCACACAAAACAAUGAAACGGCUGUUUUCAUGCUGACUGUGCAGAUCUGAUCGGAUGCACCAGGUUUAAUCAUUUAUUGUAUUUUUGUUGUGUUUGUUUAUAUUGACUGAACACACUUCUGAUCAGGAACCAAAAAACACAACAAAACAGGUUUUAUACUCGACAGUGCUUUGAGCUUUUAUGUUCCACUUCUGUCGUUACCCCUAGAGUUCAUGGGUUCUUGUUUCAGCUGUCGCAUUGAUGUCACUACGAUGAUGACUUAUUUGUUUUCAUUCUCAGCUUCACUUGUAAAUGCUAUAAAAUCUUUGUGAAUGUUGUUUAUAUUUGGUCUUACAGGUACUUAAAUACUUGUGAUUUUUUAAUAAAAUACUUGAAAGUA